GGCGCACCUGUCCGUGCCACUCGACGCAAGCGCAUUGGGCAGCCCAUGGCGCAGACGCUCGGCGAGGUCCGCUCUGCGGCUGCGUCGCGAUCACCCCCUCGCGGGCCGCAGGGCAGUUACUCCUAGAGGCGCGCGCGCGUCCCUCCCGUCGUUCAGUUGGGCGCAUGCGCAGCGGUGUCACGCCAGCCAUUGCCCGACUGAGGGGCGCCGGAGCUGGGCUGCGCUGAUCGGACCCAGCGGCCGAGCGCUAGGCCGCGGCGGAGCAGGGAGCGACCCGCCUCCGCCACUCCCCUGAGAGGUGCCUCUGUCAUCUUGAAAGAGUCACUUGUCUGUGCCUUCAUCUGGAAUUGAAAAAGCUUACUGUUCAGAAAGAAGAGUUCAUUGUCGUGCUAAUUUUUUGCUCUUGCCUUAAGUAGCUUCACCUUUGAGAUGAGUGAGAUGGUCUUUAUUUGUACAGCUUUGUGUUGUUCUUGGAAAGUUUCGCACCAUUUGUGAAUUCCCUGAACCUUGGCAUUGUAAGUCCACUUCUGUUGGGCCCUCCUCCUUUACAGCUUGCUCAAAUUAAGACGCAGUUGGCUCUUCAGCAGUUGACAUCAGCUGCUUCAAACAAUUCUACACCACCUUAUACUUUGUUAAAUCAGGCAUUCCUGAAAAUCGCCAUGUUUAAUCCCAGAGGAAACUUGCAUCAGAGGCCAAGAGCACCUAACCCAUCUGGCUCAAAACCUCCAGGAGCUUUUAGGGGAGGUGGCAUACCAGGUCUUCAAAGAAAGCCUGCACCUGGAACACCUCAAGGAAUUUCACAAAGAUUUGGAGGACAUGAAAAUUUACAGCGGACAGGAUCACGAAGAACUAACGUUCAGGUAACUCAACACAGAACCGAUCCAAGGCAAGCAAAGGAGAUGGCAAACUUACAGGAAGAGCAAAAGGAAAAGGUUCGUACUUCACGUUGGGAUAACAAUCCAUGUCCAACUGGAAACACAAGCCGAAAGCACCCCGUGUCAACCCGGAUCACAGAGCAGAAUACGAAUGUCCAGAGCCGUUAUACAACAGAGAGUGCAUCAAGUAUUUUAGCAAGUUUUGGAUUAUCUAAUGAAGAUCUGGAGGAACUCAGUCGCUACCCAGAUGAUCAGUUAACGCCUGAAAACAUGCCACUAAUUUUGAGGGAUAUACGAAUGCGCAAAAUGGGUCAUCAGUUACCCAAUUUACAUUCUCAGAGCAGAGAAAAAGAAACAGUUGGUGGAACGGGUGGUUCAACUGUUAAGAGCAAAGUGAUUGAUUAUGGGCACACAAGCAGGUAUGGAUACACUGAAGAUCCUCUUGAGGUGCGUGUAUACAAUCCUGAAGAACCAGCUGAAGAGAACAGGAAAGAAUUUCAACCGCAGCAAACUAUUUCAGUUCCACCAUCCAAUGUAACAUGUAACCCGAUGUUUCGAGUUGAGGAAUUAAUGAAACAGAUGGGUUUCCAUAGUGAUUCAUCCAAUACUCAGUCAUUUUUUCCAGUUGAUGCUGCAGGCAAGGUGCCAGGGCUAUGUAUGACACCUACAGGACUCCCAAUGGUGAAACCUAUGAGCCAGCCUGGGAUGCCGCCACCCAUGAUGCCACCUAUGAGCCAGCCUGGGAUGCCGCCUAUGAUGCCACCUAUGAGCCAGCCUGGGAUGCCGCCUAUGAUGCCACCUAUGAGCCAGCCUGGGAUGCCGCCUAUGAUGCCGCCUGUUAUGCCGCCUAUGCCCCAAUCUGUGAUGACACCUAUUGUCCAGCAGUCUUUGACCCAGCCACCUAUGGCCCAACCUGUGAUGCCACCUAUCAGCCAUCCACCCUUUUCAGCUGAACUUCUUGCAGCUGUAAGACAUCAUGAAAGGAUUCAGCAUGAAUCUGGGACUAAUCAGUCUAAUGCACAGAUUGGCUCAGGUCAGAAGAACUUCCAGACACAAGUUGAAGCUCCUAUUAAGUCUCCUUUUGGAAUUGUGAAAGCCUCUUGGCUUCCAGUGUUUUCACAGGCUGCUGCCCAGAAGGUAAAGAGACUUCCUACUCCAUCUAUGAUGAAUGACUACUAUGCUACAUCUCCAAGGAUAUUUCCACAUAUGUGUUCUCUGUGUAACAUGGAAUGCACUCAUAUGAAGUUACAAUUGAAAGAUUUCAAGGAUUGGAUUCAGCAUCAGAAUAAUCCUGCCCACAUUGAGAGCUGCCGUCAGUUACGUCAACAGUAUCCUGAUUGGAAUCCUGAGGUCCAUUCUUCGAAGAGAAAUGAAGGCGAGAGAAAAGAAAAUCAGACCCCAAAGAGACGUUCCAACUCUGCUAGUCCUGGUCCUAGGCAUUCAAGAGGAUCAGGCUCUGGCCACAUUCUUCGCCGGUCCCGAUCUCGAUCCCGAUCCAGGAGCCCUGGCCGUUUCAGGCUAGCAAGACCAAGAAGUCGAAGUCCACGGCAGAUGCGUCGUCCUAGCCCUAGACACAGGUCUAGGUCACCACAACGAUCUAGAAAUCCUCUGAGGUGUAGUCCACGACCCCAGAGAUCUGCUAGCAAUGAAUGGGCAUCAAGGAGGACAACUAGAUCUCCAGACAAAAAGGCAGCCUUGGAGGCUGUAGUAAAAAGUUUGGGAGCCAGUUUCGUUGCAGAGUUCAAUAAACAGAAAUCACUUCAAGCAGCUGGACAAGGGUCCUCCGGGAUAGGAAAAGCAUCACCUGCACAAGGGAUUUCAGGGGUAGGGAAGAUGCAUGGAUCUAUGAAAAAGCCACUAAGUGCUACAGGUCAUCACAAGACUUUGAAGAAAGAUUUAUCAUCUGUGCCUGGCUCGGCUGCUUCUAAAAUGAAAUCUGAAAUUGCUGGUGUGCAAGAAAAGAAAGAGAUGAAUUUUGAUGGGAAAGCUGCAAAGGAAACCAAUGUUCCUCGGCCCGCUCCUUAUAACAGACUGUUGAGAGAGAAGCUUUUGAGUUGUGGCACAGUUCUCCAUAUAUCGGAUUUGCCGGAUGAUGGCUUUUCAGAUCAAGAUAUUAAAAAAAUUGUUCAGCCAUUUGGUAAAGUUAGUGACCUCCUGGUGCUUCGCUCUAGAAAUGAGGCCUUCCUAGAAAUGAACUACAAAGAGGCAGUGAUAGCAGCUGUGAAGUAUGGUGAGACAGUGCCAGUGCUGGUAAAUGGGAAGCGUGUGAAAAUAAGCGUAGCAGAAAAACCAAAAGCACCUCCUGGCCAGGUCAAAGUAAGUCUAAAGAAGGCUCCACCGAAUGUAAAGAAAGCUGCAUUGAGUACAAAAAAAGAUGGAAACAGUACUACCACUAAGAAGACUAAAUCUGUUACUCCAGCUGCUUCUGCAGGAAAAUUAACAAAAGCCGGACAAACCACAACAAAAGCAGUUAAACUUGCUGGUAAACAUGAAGUAACAAAGAAACCGGCGGUGCAAACAGAUAGUAAAACGAAGAAAACUUCAGCAAAACCUAAUGAAAAGAAGCGUAUUGAUCCUAAGAAGUCUGCAGAAUCCAAAAAGAAGGAUGCAAAACCUAAGAGAGUCACAGAACCGAAGCGGGCUGUAGAGACUAAGACGGCCACAGAAUCUAAGAAGGCUGUAGAGGCUAGGAAGACCACAGAACCUAAGAAAGCUGGAGACGAUGAGGCCAAAGAAAUUAGUAAACCUGUAGCUGUGCAAGAGAAAAUUACACUGACUUCUGCUCUGGAGGUGGAAUCAAAUCAGUCUAUGGAAUCUAUAGCCAACAAAGAAAAUCUUGAGGCCAAGAACACUGUGGACGUGAAGACAGCUGAAAGUACCAAGAAGGAAAAUGCUUCAAAAGCUACUGCAGAGUCUACAAAGAGCGAAGAACCAAAUGAGCCAGCUAGCAAGGAACUUGAUGACAUGUGUGUUGUUCUUAUUUCAAACUUACCUGAUAAAGGAUAUUCUGUUGAGGAAGUUUCCAACCUAUCAAAGCCAUUUGGAGGACUGAAAGAUGUUUUAAUUUUGUCUUCUCAUAAAAAGGCAUAUCUGGAAAUAAAUCAAAAAUCUGCAGAUUCCAUGGUUAAAUUUUAUACCUGCUUCCCAAUGUCAGUGGAUGGAAAUCAGCUUUGCAUUAGUAUGGCACCAGAAUACAAGAACAUAAAAGAUGAGGAAGCUAUAUUUACUGCUAUUAUUAAAGAUGCCAACUCGAAGGUAAAUACAGAAACUUUAUAUAAUCAGUUUGUGCAUCUUGGUAACUUACCAGAUGAUGGAUACACAGAACUUGAAGUAGUUUGCGUGGGACUUCGAUUUGGGAAAGUGGAUCACUAUGUUGUGUUGAAGAAUAAAAAGAAGGCAAUUCUUCAGCUAGAUAGUCCUGACUCAGCUAAAUCAAUGUGCUGCUUCCUAAAACAGUACCCAUAUAACAUGGGUGAAAAUACACUGACUUGUAUGCUAUCACCAAGGACAGAACUUGCAGAGGCUGAAGUUACAAAAAAAGAGCUGAAAAACCAAGAACCAAGUAAAGGAAGCUCUGACUUGAAAAAAAAACCAGAGGGAUCAGGAGUGGUGCAAACAGCAGCUGCUAAUCCUCCAGUAGAGACUAGUGUGGCAAAGGAAGAAAUCAUUUCCAACUCUGUCAAAGCCAAGACUUCAACAGUGCAGAUAGAAGCCUCUGAGUUGGAGCCUGAAAGAACGGUAUGUGAUUCUGCUACAAAACCAUCGGAAGUUGAAACAUCCAAGGGGGAAUCUGAAGUUGCAGUUACUGGCUCAGAAACCAAACCAGCUGAUGAUGAAUUAUCCAAAGUUAAAUCAGAAGAGAUCCUGCUGCCUCCUUUCAACCUUCAGAAGGAAGAGGUAGUUAAAGAUAACUGUGAAACAGAAUUGUUGGAAUCUGCUAUCACAACUGUAACAGAAAGAGAAACUAAAGUGAAACCUGAAGAAUUUCCUGUUCCUGCCAGUGGAUCAUCGGAAGAGUUAUCCAGUGUGGGCAAGCUAGAAGAUGUGCAGCCAGACUCUGCUGUGAAACCAGCAACAGUGGAAACAGCUGAGGCUGUUUCUGAAGCAGUGCCACCUGAUUCUGCUGCAGUUUUGGUGGAAAUGCUGUCAGCUGAAGACCUACAACCAAGCAACAAAUUGGAUACUCCUGUAAAAAAUGCUGUUACUGAUACAGUGGAAACUAAACUUGAAAUACCUGUGACCAGUGCUGUGGGGUCUAUAGAGAAGAAACCAGAAAAGUCAGUGGCCAAAGUUGGAACAGCCUUGGAGAAGAAACUGGAAAAGUCAAUGGUUAAGAUUGGGACAGCCACGGAGAAGAAACUGGAAAAGCCUGUAGCCAGCAUUGGGAUGGGCAUAGAGAAGAAACCCGAAAAGCCUGUGGACAACGUUGGGACAGAUGUCGAGAAGAAACCUGAAAAGCCUGUGGACAAUGUUGGGACAGAUGUCGAGAAGAAACCCGAAAAGCCUGUGGACAGUGUUGGGACAGACAUAGAGAACACUGAAAAAAAUGUGCUGAAUGAAAAGAAUGAGCGAACUUUAAUCAAGGCACAUCAAAAUAAAGGACCAGGACAAAUUAAAAUAGAUGAAACCAGCAAAGCAAGUACGUCAGCUGCAGCAUUUGUAUCCAUCAAGGAACCUACCUCUGUUGGUAAAACAAUCUUAAAGGCUGUGGUGUCUAUCCCUGAUAUAUCAAAGUCAAGAGUUAUGAUGCGGAGAAAUGAGACUUCUCUAACUAAAACAGAGGAGCAGAAAGCUUCCUCAAAACCUGAGACCAGAAGCAGAUCUGCUACUGAGAAGAAACUUUCAUCAAAAGAAGUGGGUCAACCAAGAGCUACUGGCAGCAGAUCAAGUCUGCCAGAUAGCAUCACCAAAUCUAAACUGGACAUAAGUCCUGUUGUUGUAAAGGGAGGCAGUGGGAGGAGUUCAUCUCAGCAAGACAAGGACUCAAGAGUGGAAUCUAGGGGUAGUUCAAAGCAGUCUCAAGAGAGAGAGAGUAGAUCAUCCAGCAUGAAGAAAGACGACAACAGCAAUAAGGUUCCUGCUGGUCGAAUUAGUAAGAAUUCUAAAACUGUCUCUAGUGGCAAUGUAAAAUCAAAAGAGUUUUACAUUUCGCAGGAAGAAGAGCUUUUCCCAUUUAACUUGGAUGAGUUUGUUACUGUGGAUGAGGUUGUAGAAGAGACAGACUCUCCUCUUCAAACCAGACGAAAUCCACCCCGGGGGAAAAGAAAAGACUCUGCUAAAAAUAACGCUUCCUCUGAGCCUGUUGCUAAGAGGAAGAAAGGUAAAAGCUCCAUAGCACAUGUUGCUGAGAGCGAAUUAUCCUUUGUCACUUUGGAUGAGAUUGGAGAAGAGGAGGAGAUGACUGCACAACUGGUAGGAGACUCCAAUUUAGAAGCAAUAACAGACCCACAGGGUCUUGUUACUGUGGAUGAAGUAAAUGAAGAGGAGGAGCUGAUUUCAGAAGCAGUAAAAGACCCACAAUCACUUGUUACUUUAGAUGAGAUAUCUGAACAGGAAGACUUUUCUUCACAUGAUGUACCUAAAGAUGUCUCCAGUUCAGUUUAUGAGGAGCAAGAUCUUCUGAAAGCAGAACCCUUGGUAACUGUGGAUGAAAUAGGAGAAGUUGAAGAGCUCCCUCUAAAUGAGCCUUCAGAUUUGAAUAUUGAGGAGACGUUAAAACCUAAGGAAGAGGAUGAUAAAAGGGCCAUUGAGGAUCCUGGAGACUUUAUCUCUUCUCAGCUGCCUGAAGAUCCUAGUACUUUAGUGACGGUAGAUGAAAUACAGGAAGACAGUGAUGAUCAGCCUCUAGUAACUUUAGAUGAAGUUACUGAAGAUGACGAAGACUUUUUGGCAGAUUUCAACCGUUUAAAAGAGGAACUAAACUUUGUUACUGUAGACGAAGUUGGGGAGGAGGAUGAAGAGGAAGAAGAAAAUACUUUUAUAGGCACAAACCUGGAAGAGGAGGAUAUUGUUGCAAUUGCAGGACCAGAGGAAAUGGAAAUUCUGGCAGAUAUAGGGCCAGAAGAGGAGGCUAUUAUUGCAAACUCAAAGUCAGAAGAAAAGGAGACUCUUGAAGCUGACACAAAGGAAAUAGAAAAGGAGACCCUUGUAGCAGAUACACAGGAGGCAGACAAGGAGGCACUUUCAGCAAAUACAGAGGAGACUGAAAAAGCUGAAAUUUGGAAAAAGACAAGUGAAAAAGAGAUCAAAGGAGAAACUGAGAGUCAGCAGCAGUCUGCAGAGCUAAGCCCGAGCAAAGUGCAUGAGUCAAAUGAAAUGGGGAGACAAACUAAGAAAAAGCAGCAGCCUCCAGUGAAAACCCCAGGCAAAAGAGGUAGACCUAGGAAAAGACCAGUUGUUCCACCACCUGAGACACCUGUUGAAACAGAGCAAGAAAAGUGUGACAAGAACACUGAGGAGGCAGCAGAUAAAACAGAAUUAGUGGAAGGCUCAACAUCUGACUCCAAGAAGGAGAAAAUAGGAAAGGGAAGCUUGACUACCCCAGAAUCGCAUGGUUUGAGUGAAGACAGUCAGACUGCAACUGUUAAAGCGCCAGAUACAGAAUCGGUAUUACCUGAUCUAAACGCAAGUCUGCUGCCUGAUGCAGAUAUAAAGCAGGAAGGCUGCAGUGAGACACCUUCACAAUCUUCUGAAAAAACUGUGAAAGAUGAAUUUGGAUCAGGAGAUACAGAACCAGAGUCUAAACGAAGAAAAGUGGAUUCCUCAGCAGAUAAAUCCAAGACACCAAGCACUCCAAAAGGUUUAGAUUUUCUUGUUCCAAAGGCUGGCUACUUCUGUCAGAUCUGCUCUCUCUUCUAUGCAGGUGAAAUGUCUAUGAAAAAUCAUUGCAAGACACUGCGUCAUCAGCAGAAUAUGGAGAAAUUCAUGGCCAAGCAAAAGGAUGGGGAAGAUGAGGAGGAAGAUGAGGGGGAAGAACUUAGUUCCAGGUGAUCUCAGGAGGAGAGAAGAAUUCUUUAAAACAAUUUAAUUUAGGGUCCAGUAAAUUUUGUGUCUUUUGUUAUGAUUUAAUUUGUAAUUUUGUUUCAGAAGCAAACUCUGAUGUUGUAUAAAUUUGAGUUCAAGGUAGACAAAGACAGAGAAGAAAAUGUAUGGUGGUUUUGAUUUCUAUAUCAAAUCAUCUGGCUUGGGAGAGAGCUCUUAAGUGUUGAAAUAAAUGUUCUUACUGUAUAGUUAACACCA